UUCACUCAGUGUGCAUCGAGGUGUAGAAAUGUCGACAAUUCUAGUGCUGAUCGGAAUCAUUGUUACCCUGCUCUAUUAUGCAGCUAGACAUAGGCACAACUAUUGGAAUCGCCGUGGCAUUCCACACGAUGAGCCUAGGUUCCCGAAAGGCAACAUUGCCGAUUGGCAGACGAAGCGCCAAUUAGGCGUUAUCUUCAGAGACUACUAUCUGAAGUACAAGAACAGAAAUGCGCCCUUCGCUGGCUUCUAUUUCUUCUUCACGAAGACUGUGAUUGUCACUGAUAUGGAGCUGGUGAAGCGUGUAUUAAUAAAGGACUUUAGUAACUUUGAGAAUCGGGGCAUAUUCCACAAUGAACUCGACGAUCCUCUGUCCGCGACACUGUUCAGCAUUGAGGGUCAGAAGUGGAGGCAGUUGCGUCACAAGCUGACGCCCACCUUUACCUCCGGUAAGAUGAAGAACAUGCAACCGAUCGUUCUCAAAGUCGCCGAGGAAAUGGCGAAGAUCUUCAAAGAGAAAGCGUCCACAGCCCAGGUCCUUGAAGUUACCGACUUGGUGGGACGCUUCACGGCCGAUGUAAUUGGCAACUGCGCCUUUGGGCUCGACUGCAACAGCCAGCGUAAUCCCGACGCGGAUUUCGUUCGCAUGGGCAAACGGGCUGUGACGGAACGACGAUAUCGUGGCAUAUUGGAUUUCUUCAUAUUUGGCUUCCCAAAGCUGGCACGUCGCAUGCAUCUCAAGAUAACAGUGGAGGAGGUGGAGGAAUUUUAUUUACGCAUCAUUCGUGAUACCAUCAAAUAUCGCCUUAGCAUGGAGGAGAAGCGUAACGACUUCAUGGACAUGCUCAUCGAAAUGUACCAGAAGCAAAAGGCGGGCAACACAGAGGAGGGUCUAACCUUUGAGGAGUUGGCCGCACAGGCAUUCAUCUUCUUCGUAGCCGGUUUUGAAACCAGCUCCACAACCAUGGGAUUUGCUCUCUAUGAGCUGGCCCUGCAUCAGGACAUACAGAACAAACUUAGAGCGGAAAUCAACGAGGUGUUGAGUAAGUACAACAAUGAAUACACCUACGAUAAUGUGAAGGAAAUGAAAUAUCUGGAACAAGUUGUCAUGGAAACUCUACGAAAGUACCCCGUGCUACCCCAUCUUACCCGAAAGGCCAUCUCAGACUAUUCGCCUGGAGAUCCAAAACAUUAUAUUGAAAAGAACACCUCAGUUGUAAUACCCGCUUUGGGUAUACACUACGAUCCCGACAUCUAUCCGGAGCCGGACAAAUUCAAGCCCGAACGCUUCACAGAGGCGGAGAUUGCCGCUCGGCCAGCCUGCAGCUGGUUGCCGUUCGGUGAUGGUCCACGCAAUUGCAUCGGCUCACGCUUUGGCAUGAUGCAAACGUCUGUGGGCUUGGCCCACCUGAUAAGGGACUUCAAGUUCAGUGUGUCGCCACAGACCCAAAUACCCAUGAAGUGGGUCACUAAAAAUAUACUCUUGUCAGCUGAGAACGGCAUUUACUUAAAAGUGGAAAGAGUAUCAAUAUAUGUGCAUCGAGGUGUUGAAAUGUCGACAAUUCUAGUGCUGAUCGGAAUCAUUGUGACCCUGCUCUAUUAUGCAGCUCGACAUAGGUACAACUAUUGGAAUCGCCGUGGCAUUCCACACGACGCGCCUAGGUUCCCGAAAGGCAACCUUGCGGGCUGGCCGACGAAGCGUCAAAUGGGCGUCAUUUACAGGGACUAUUAUCUGAAGUACAAGAUUAGAAAUGCGCCCUUCGCUGGCUUCUAUUUCUUCUUCAGGAAGACCGCGGUAGUCACUGACAUGGAGCUAGUCAAACGUGUGUUAAUAAAAGACUUUAGUAACUUUGAGAAUCGUGGCAUAUUCCACAAUGCUCGACGACCUCUGUCCGCGACACUGUUCAGCAUUGAGGGUCAGAAGUGGAGGCGAUUGCGCCACAAGCUGACGCCCACCUUCACCUCCAACAAGAUGAAGAACAUGCUGCCCAUCAUUUUGAGCGUGGCCGAGGAAAUGGCCAACGUCUUCAAAGAGAAGACGUCCACAGCCCAGGUCCUUGAAGUUACCGACUUGGUGGGACGCUUCACGGCCGAUGUAAUUGGCAACUGCGCCUUUGGGCUCGACUGCGACAGCCUGCGUGAUCCAAACGCGCAUUUCGUCCGCGUGGGUAAACGGGCUUUAACGGAGCGACGGUAUCAUGGCUUGUUUGAUUUCUUCAUAUUUGGCUUCCCAAAGCUGGCACGUCGCAUGCAUCUGAAACUAACAGUAGAAGAGGUUGAGGAGUUCUAUAUGCGCAUCAUUCGCGAUACCAUCGACUAUCGCCUGAGUACCAAAGAGAAGCACAACGACUUCAUGGACAUGCUUAUCGAAAUGUACUAUAAGCAAAAGGCGGGCAACACAGAGGAGGGUCUAACCUUUGAGGAGUUGGCGGCCCAGGCAUUCAUUUUCUUCGUAGCCGGUUUUGAAACCAGCUCCACAACCAUGGGAUUUGCUCUCUAUGAGCUGGCCCUGCAUCAGGACAUACAGAACAAGCUGAGAGCGGAAAUCAACGAGGUGUUGAGUAGGUACAACAAUGAGUACACCUACGAUAAUGUGAAGGAAAUGAAAUAUCUGGAACAAGUUGUCAUGGCAGAAACUCUACGAAAGUACCCCGUGCUACCCCAUCUUACCCGAAAGGCCAUCUCAGACUAUUCGCCCGGAGAUCCAAAGCACUACAUUGAAAAGAACACCACAGUUGUAAUACCUGGUUUGGGUAUACACUACGAUCCCGACAUCUAUCCGGAGCCGGACAAAUUCAAGCCCGAACGCUUCACAGAGGCGGAGAUUGCCGCUCGGCCAGCCUGCAGCUGGUUGCCGUUCGGUGAUGGUCCACGCAAUUGCAUCGGCUCACGCUUUGGCAUGAUGCAAACGUCUGUGGGCUUGGCCCACCUGAUCAGGGCCUUCAAGUUCAGUCUGUCGCCACAGACCCAAAUACCCAUGAAGUUGAUCACCAGAAAUAUAUUUUUGACACCUGAGAACGGAAUUUACUUAAAAGUGGAAAGCGUAUCAAAAUCUAAACUAUUUCUUCCAACUGAUAUGUCCGCCACAAUUUCGCUCAUCGCAUGCGUCCUGGUCGCGUUCUAUCUGUGGAUGCGGCACCGUUUCUCCUAUUUGAAACGACGCGGCAUUGCGCAUGAGGAUCCCCGGCCAGUGUUUGGCAAUGUUUUCGGCUGGCGAAUCACUCAGCACACCUCGCAAAUGCUGCAGAAGCUCUAUGUGAAGUACAAGGACUCUGGUCCGCUGUUCGGCAUAUAUUUCUUCAUGAAGCCCGUGUAUGUGGUUACGGAUAUGGAUCUGUUGAAGCAGAUCUUCAUCAAGGACUUCAGCAACUUCGACAGCCGAGGUCUGUUCUACAAUGAGCAGGACGAUCCCCUCUCGGCGCAUCUCUUCGCCAUCGACGGUCCCAGGUGGCACAAUCUGCGGCCACGCCUAACGCCCAUCUUCAGCGGAGCAAAGAUGAAGCUGAUGUUCCCAUCGGUGCUGCGCAUUGCCCGCGAGCUGUCCAGAGCGGUGCAUGAGCGGUGUGCCGGACACGUUGCCGCCUUGGAGGUGACCAAGCUGCUGGCCUGCUACACGAUGGACACCAUUGGCAGCGCCAUCUUUGGCCUGGAGUGCAACAGUUUGCGCGACGCCAAGGCGCCCUUUGUGCAGAUGGGCCUGAACGCGAUGCUGAAGAAGCGCAUCGACUACCUGUUCUGCUUAUUCUUUCCCGAGCUCAGCCUCAAGCUGCACAUCAAGCGGACGCCAGCCGACGUGGAGGCUUUCUACAUGCGGCUGGUCAAGGACACCAUCAGUCACCGGGAGGCGCACCAUAUUAAGCGCAACGAUCUCGUUGACAUCAUGGUGGAGAUGAAGCAGAAAUACGAGCGAGGCGACACAGCCGAGGGCCUGACCAUCAACGAGAUCGCCGCCCAGAUGUACGUCUUCAUUGUGGCGGGUUUCGAGACGACGGCCACAGCUCUAGUCCUAGCCCUGUACGAGCUGGCGCGGCAUGAGGACAUUCAGUGCCAGCUGAGGGAGGAGAUUGAGGAGGUCAUUGCCAAUUACGGAGAGAACGGAGAACUCACCUACGAGGCCAUGCAGAAGAUGAAAUACCUCGAGCAGGUGAUGUUGGAAACCCUUCGCAUGUAUCCCGUUGCCUCGGAGCACCUGCGCCGUGUCAAUGAACACUUUGAGGUGCCCAACUAUCCCAAGCACUAUUUACCAGCUGGAUCUCAGCUGAUCAUACCCGUCUAUUCCAUCCAUCAUGAUGCGACCUAUUAUCCGGAACCGGAAAAGUUUCAGCCCGAGCGCUUCACCCAGGAGGCCAUACAGCAGCGACCCACCUGUGCAUACCUGCCCUUCGGCCAGGGGCCUCGCAUCUGCAUUGGAAUGCGGUUCGGCCGCAUGAAGCUGGCCGUGGGUCUCAUCACGCUGAUACGCAAUUUUCGCUUUAGCCUAGCGCCCGACACCCCGCAGCCGAUGCAAUUCAAGAAUCACUCAUUCCUGCUGCACCCCAAGGAAUUCCGGCUGCAGUUGGAGCCAUUGAGCUAGGAACCACGGUUAAAAUUUCUAGUUAUCUAGUUUAUUUAUUUUACCAUUCAUCUAUUUUUAUAAUUUUGCUUUAUUUUUAAACUUUUCUCUAAACACUCACGAUUGAUAAGAACAAAUCAAGCGUAAUACUAAAUUUAGCAGCCAAACUGGUUUAACAUGAAUGCUGAUACUGAAAUCAAAUAGACGCAACGUUCUAACGAUCAGAGCGAGAGAGAACGAGCGGGAUAGAGAGGCAAAGCGAGAGAGCGAGAGUAAAGCUCUUAAAAGCUCGACACUUAGCUAUUCAUUCUCUCCCACUUCGCAU